UAGACCUUAGGUCACUUUCUGAGGUCACUUUCUGGACUUAAUACAUAUAUAAAAAAGCACCCUGAAGAUAAACAUAUAGUAUAAAAGUAGAUUUUAUUUCAAAUAUUACGCAUUAAAAAGCAUAGAGUUUGAGACCAUCUAGAACACAACAGAAAUGAAUUUCACAUUAGUUUUCUUGUUGCUGGGAUUAUCCUCGAUUUUCGGUGAAAAAUGUGUCGUUUACAAAGACUAUGGGUCUAUACCGAGUCUUCCAAAAGGUGCUUUUUAUGAAAGAUAUUGUCGUAGUGUUGGCGGAUCUGAAAAACAGUAUUGUGUUGAAUGGGAUUGCCCCAAAACAGACUGUUCGUAUCCAAUUGUUCCAGAGACGGGUUGUCCUUAUUGUAGAGGUACAUGCAUUAGUCAAGGUAAAGUCCAAAGAGAAGGCAACUCAUUUCGCUGCGCGGAUGGGUGUAAUACAUGUACAUGUCACACGUCAACAAUUGCUAUGUGCUAUAAUAGAUAUCCACCAAAAGAAUGCAGAGGCUAUAACGAAGGAAAACGUGACACCUUGAGAAAAAUACUUGGAGAAUAA